UCCAUAGUUGAAGUUUCGUUUUAGCUACGAUUAUAUAAUGAAACUCUGAUCUAAUCCAAAAUUCAACUCAAUUUUUUGGUCAAGUUUUUCUCUAAUCAUAAAGUCUACAAACUCAUAGAGAAACCAAAGUUGAUAUAUACAUAUAAACUUGGAGACAAUCAUUAGAUGUCAAUCAAGAUGUCAGAUGAAACGAGGCAUGAUUGUUUGCACUACGAUUGCAAUGAAGAAACCUUUAAUUGUUCUUGUGGUUUCAUCGGAUUCAGGAGAAACCAAGUGUUUGACUUUGAUUGCAACACCAACGACGAGGAUUCGGAGGAGUUGUUUGAGAUCAAUCUUAAGGAGCCAUUGGAUACAAUAUCUGAAGACUGCGAGAGCAGUGUGUUCUCUUUCGAUAUUCACAACAACGAAAAAGAUGUUGUUCAUGUGGCAGUGGACCACGUUGGAGAAUCAAGCAUGGAAGCACUUUUAUGGACUUUGAAACAUGCUGUCACACCCUCUACCACUGUCUCUCUCAUACAUGUUUUUCCUCAAAUCAGGUUCAUCCCAAGUCCAUUUGGAAAAUUUCCAAGGAAUCGUGUAAAUCCAGGGUAUGUUAACUAUUUCUUGACUCAACACAAAGGCAAAACGAAACUGCUCCUUCAAAAGUUUAUUGACUUGUGCCUUGAUUCAAAGGUUAAGGUGGAAAUAAUGCUUAUUGAAGAUGACAACGUUGCCAAAGCUAUAACGGACCUUGUUAGAGAUCAUGGUGUAAGGAAAUUGGUGAUAGGAAUUACCAAAUCCAAUUUAAGCAAAUGUGUCUCUAGAUGGGGAAAUGGAAUAGCAGAUAAUGUCCUCAAGAAUGCACCAGAAAUCUGUGAUAUUAAAAUAAUAUGUGAUGGAAAGGAAGUGAUUGAUCAGAUGAUUAGUUGCACUAUAUCAGGCUCCGAUGACAGCAACAGUUCAAGUGUUUCACAACAAGAAUAUGAAUCCCAUGCUGUGGUUCCUCUUAUGCGUUUUGUGCCCAAUCCUAUAUGGUUGUUUAGACCAAAAUUUUAAUCAAAGAUUUUGUAUAACUCUUCCUUUUUCGUUGAUCCAAAUGUUAACCUAGGAAUAAAUAUUCUUCAUACACAGAUUUUGUGGUCACACUCAACCCAGUCUUAUUUUAUUAUUUCAAAGUGAGAUGCUUUUAAUUUAAAUAAAGCCACCAAAUAUUAGUGUUACACCUUAAACUGUAUAUAUUACUUAGGACAAA